AUGGCAUCAGCACCAAAUCGCGUGCCGACAGACAAAAUGGCCGGUCUAUCACUAUCGUCGCGGACUGUCCAUGCAGAUGAUGCGAUUUCUGCGCAUAGGGCCGUAGCGCCGGCUAUGCAUGUCAGCACCACGUUUCGAUAUAGUGAUGACCCGAGCCAGUUGAAGCAUUCGUCGGAUCCGACCAAGUUGGGCGACUGGAAUAACCCCGAUCCCAACGCUCCGCUUGAUUCUCACAUUUACUCACGAGACUCCAACCCCAACACCACUCGCCUCGAGGCUGUCCUCUCGAGCAUCCUCGGCGGCCCCUCGAUCACGUAUGCUUCCGGCCUGGCAGCCUUCCACGCGAUGCUCAUCCGGCUGAAUCCCAAGCGUAUCGCCAUUGGAGACGGAUACCACGGCUGCCAUGGCGUCAUCAAGGUAGUCUCUCGCCUGACUGGCCUUCAAAAGCUCCCCCUGGACUGCGACCCGUCAGAACUGGGACCCGGUGAUAUCGUCCACGUCGAAACACCGCUGAAUCCCACGGGUGAAGCCCGCAAUCUCCAGUUCUACGCGGACAAGGCUCACAAGGCGGGUGCGUUCCUCACCGUUGACGCUACAUUUGCGCCGCCGCCGCUGCAGAACCCAUUCGAUUUCGGUGCCGACAUCAUCAUGCACAGCGGGACAAAGUACAUCGGCGGCCACUCCGAUAUGCUGUGUGGCGUGCUGGCCGUUCGCCCGGGGAACAAAUGGGCCAGGGAACUCCGCGAAGAGCGACUGGUCCUCGGGUCCGUGAUGGGUAGCAUGGAAGGCUGGCUGGGGCUCCGAUCCCUUCGGACGCUGGAACUGCGCGUCAUGAGACAGAGCAAGACGGCAGGGGAUCUCGUCAAAUGGCUAGAGAGCCAGCUGGGCGAUGAGUCCACGGUUGUGGGACAGCUUGUGGAGAGGCUUCACCAUGCUAGUUUGCAGCCGGAAGCUACAGAGGAGGGAAGCUGGCUUCAGAAACAGAUGCCUGUUGGCUAUGGUCCUGUUUUCGCUAUUGUCAUGAAGGAUAUGGAUCUUGCGAAGAAGCUGCCUAGUAAGCUGCAGUUGUUCCACCAUGCUACUAGUUUGGGUGGCAUUGAGAGUCUGAUUGAGUGGCGGGCCAUGACGGAUCCGUACGUUGAUCAGAGAUUGCUGCGGGUGAGUAUUGGAGUGGAGGGAUUUGAGGAUCUAAAGAGCGAUAUUGAGCAGGCUUUUGAGAGUCUGAAGAAGUAG